CAUUCUAAUAUAAUAUAUCUAUAAUGGUAACUCCUCUUCCCUUGUAAAUUCUUCUUCUUCUUCAUCGUUUCAUCAGAUCCCAAAAUUACAAAUUCAGUCAAGUUCGCACCCCUACCCUAAAUCCAAUCUCCGAUCGGCCGAUUGAUUCCACUCCUGCUCCUCCGUUAUGGCUUGCAUCAAGGGGGUGGGCAGAUCCGCCUCCAUCGCCCUGUCUCCCGACGCUCCUUACAUGGCCGCCGGAACCAUGGCCGGAGCCGUCGAUCUCUCCUUUAGCUCAUCCGCCAAUCUCGAGAUCUUUAAGCUCGACUUUCAGUCUGACGAUCGCGACUUGCCUCUCGUGGGGGAAAUCCCCAGCUCCGAGCGCUUCAAUAGACUCGCCUGGGGUAAAAGCGGAUCUGGAUCCGAGGAAUUCUCCCUUGGUCUUAUUGCCGGCGGCCUUGUCGACGGAAAUAUAGAUCUAUGGAAUCCUCUUUCUUUGAUCGGCUCCCAGUCCAGUGAAAGUGCACUCGUUGGACAUCUUUCAGUACACAAAGGCCCUGUUCGUGGUCUUGAUUUUAAUGUUAACAACGCAAACCUUCUUGCUUCUGGGGCUGAUGAUGGUGAAAUUUGCAUUUGGGACUUAGUAAAGCCUUCAGAGCCCUCUCAUUUUCCACUUCUCAAGGGUAGUGGUUCUGCUUCACAAGGUGAAAUCUCUUUUAUUUCCUGGAAUAGAAAAGUUCAACAGAUAUUAGCUUCUACCUCAUACAAUGGGAAUACUGAUUGUGGCUGAGUUACCUGCUGGCAGCAAUUGGAAUUUUGAUGUUCAUUGGUACCCAAAGAUACCUGGAGUUAUAUCAGCAUCUUCAUUUGAUGGGAAAAUUGGCAUCUACAACAUCGAGGGUUGUAGUCGCUAUGGUGCUGAAGAGAAUAAUUUUGGUACUGCUCCUUUAAGAGCACCAAAAUGGUAUAAGCGUCCGGUUGGUGCAUCUUUUGGAUUUGGGGGAAAGCUUGUAUCGUGUCAUGCUAAGGCUCCUCCUAAGGGUGCUUCGAGCAUUCUAUCUGAGGUUUUUUUGCACAGCCUGGUAACAGAACAGAGUUUGGUGAGUCGAACUUCUGAAUUUGAAGCUGCAAUAGAAAAUGGAGAUAAGACUUCUCUAAGGGGUUUGUGCGAGAAGAAAUCUGAAGAGACUGAAUCCGAAGAGGAGAAAGAGACAUGGGGAUUGCUGAAAAUCAUGUUUGAAGAGGAAGAAAUUUCAAGGACAAAGUUGAUCAGCCAUCUUGGCUUUACUUUGCCUAUUGAGGAGAAGGAUCAGGCAGUAAAUGGGCUCUCCUCAGAUCUGAAUGGCAUAAGAUUAGAGGAUACUGUGGCGCAUGCACUGGAGCCUGAGGACAGUAACGAGGCAGCUGCAUUUGCUAUGGACAAUGGAGAAGACUUCUUCAACAACUUUCCUGCUAAACCGGAUACACCCGUAUCUACAUCUGCCAAAGAUUUUAUGCCCCCUGACACAGAUUUUUCUGUCAAAGGAGAAGAAACUCAAGAAGUGCAAGAAGAAGAGGAAGAAAGUUCUGACCCAGUAUUUGAUAAUGCGAUCCAGCGUGCUUUGGUUGUUGGAGAUUACAAGGAGGCGGUGGAUCAGUGUAUAUCUGCAAAUAAGAUGGCCGAUGCUUUAGUUAUUGCUCAUGUUGGUGGUACAGCAUUGUGGGAGAGUACUCGUGAGAAAUAUUUGAAGACAAGCAGUGCGCCGUACAUGAAGGUUGUUUCUGCGAUGGUGAACAAUGAUCUCAGGAGCCUUAUCUAUACAAGGUCACAUAAGUUCUGGAAAGAGACUCUUGCUCUCCUCUGUACUUUUGCACAAGGAGAACAAUGGACCACGCUGUGUGAUGCCCUUGCCUCAAAGUUGAUGGCUGCGGGUAACACUUUGGCUGCAGUUCUGUGCUACAUUUGCGCUGGCAAUGUUGACAAAACAGUAGAAAUUUGGUCAAGGAGCCUUGCAAAUGAGCGGGAUGGAAGAUCUUAUGCUGAGCUGCUUCAAGAUCUUAUGGAGAAGACUCUUGUCCUUGCUUUGGCAACUGGCAACAAAAGGUUCAGCGCAUCUCUAUGUAAACUCUUUGAGAGUUAUGCUGAGAUACUGGCCAGCCAAGGGCUUCUUACAACGGCAAUGAAGUACUUAAAAGUUCUGGAUUCUGGUGGCUUGUCACCUGAACUUUCUAUAUUACGUGAUCGUAUUUCUAUGUCUGCAGAACCUGAGACUAACACUGCAAACACUCAGCCUCAAAGCACCGUGCCAUAUAAUCAGGAGUCAACUCUGGCGCAACCAAACGUUCUUGCUAACCAAUAUGAUAAUCAGUAUCAGCAACCAUACACGGAUUCAUAUAACCUAUACGUCCCUCAAUCUUCACAUCCACCCAUGCAGCAACCAACUAUGUUUAUGCCUCACCAAGCUCAGCCAGCUCCGCAGCCAUCUUUUACUCCUGCAAGCAAUGCUCAGCCAUCUAUGAGAACUACUUUUGUUCCUUCAACCCCCCCUGCACUGAAGAAUGCAGACCAAUAUCAGCAGCCAACCAUGAGUUCUCAUUCGUUCACGGGACCAUCUCACAAUGCAUACCCUGCUCCCCCGGGUCAUGGUCCAUAUGCACCUUCUGGCCCUUCACAAUUUGGGCAAUAUUCUAACCCUCAAAUUCCCCAAGUUAAUGCCCCAGCACCUGGGUCCAUAGGAUUUACGCCCAUGGCAACUCCAGGAGGAGUUGCUCCAAGAUCUGUGCAACCAGCAAGUCCUCCAACACAACAGGCAGCCCCUACACCUGCAGCUCCGCCACCAACUGUUCAAACUGCAGAUACUUCCAACGUUCCAGCCCACCAGAAACCUGUGAUAGCAACGUUGACUAGGCUUUUCAAUGAGACAUCGGAAGCACUGGGAGGUGCACGUGCGAAUCCUGCCAAGAAGCGUGAGAUAGAAGACAACUCAAAAAAAUUAGGUGCUCUGUUUGUGAAACUCAAUAGCGGAGAUAUCUCCAAGAAUGCUGCCGACAAACUUGCACAGCUUUGUCAAGCUCUGGACAGCAAUGACUUCAGCGCAGCCCUUCAAAUACAGGUCCUUCUGACGACCAAGGAAUGGGACGAAUGCAACUUCUGGCUGGCAACACUAAAGCGAAUGAUCAAGACCAGGCAAAAUGUGCGGUGAUUAUUUAUUUUCUGGGUUAAACGAAAAUUUUAUAAAUCUAAAGGAGGGACGUUUGUAUCAGACUCCUUUUGCUUUCUUAAUUUUGUUCUUUUAAAACGGCGUUGCUGCUCCAGUCUUUCUCAUUGGUGAACUCAUCUGCUGCAUCAGUUACUAUUUUGUUUAGAUAAGAUAGAGAUGAUCAGAUUGCUUAACAUUCUCAUGUUUUUGGAUGUUACUUUACCCGACAAGUUUGUUCGUCUCUCUUUCUGUGAAUUUUGUUAGAUUUUUUUAUUCUUGGUGUUAUAUUAUUU